AUGAACGAAAGAGUCAACUUCAUUAAAGAAAAGGGAUUAUGCUUUGGCUGUCUCAAGAAAGGCCACUUGUCGAAGAGAUGCCGUAAUCGUUCCAAGUGCGGCAUAUGCAAAAAAAGUCAUCCAUCUAUCUUACACAACGAAGAAAGCUCGUCAGUUGUUAGUGUAUCGAAUGCCAGUACUGGUUAUGCUAUCGCAAAAGAAGAUCAAAAGGGGGAUGUGUCUUGUGCCAUGGCGAUAGUCCCAGUUAGAAUUCGCUUGCGUGAUAAACCUCAUAGUAUAGAGACAUACGCAUUCUUGGAUACAGGUAGUAGCGCUUCGUUUUGCACCGAGACAGUUAUGAAACAGCUUGGAGCUAGAGGUAAGAAGACACAGCUUACACUGAGUACAAUGGGUGAGCCAUUUAUCAUGAACACAUUUUCCAUCAGUGGACUGCAAGUAAGUGACAUUAACUCGGAAAAUGCUAUUGAUCUUCCGCGAGUGUUCACGAAGGAAAAAAUGCCUGUGUCUAGGAAGCACAUCCCAACACAAGCAGAGGUGUCAAGGUGGGAACACUUAGCAAAGGUUUCACUAGCUGAGCCUAACUGUGAGAUAGGUUUGAUGAUUGGCAGCAACGUACCAGAUGCCUACUCGCCUAUUGAGAUACUUGCAGGCCCUUGUGGAUCACCACAUGCCACAAGAACUAAGCUUGGAUGGGUGGUCUGGAAUGUUCUUCGAGAAAGCGGUACUAUACAAGUCAACAGAGUUCACAUUCAGGAUGAGUCUGGAGAAGACAUCGAAGACAUGGUUAAGAGAUCUAUGAACCCUGAUUUCCCUGAGCGUCUUAUUGACGAUAGAAAAGAAAACUCGAGGGAGGACAAACAAUUUUUGGAUAUGGCUGAAAACUCUAUUUAUAAGGAUGGAGAACAUUACUGCGUUUCGUUGCCAUUUCGUAACAAGGUCACUAUUUUGCCUGAUAACUCGGUAAUGGCUAAACGGAGAUUACGCAGCAUUGAGAACAGGUUCAAGGCAGAUCCCAAGUUCAAAGAAGAUUACACUACCUUCAUGGAAAAACUGUUGGAGAAAGGUCAUGCGGAACCAGCACCUGUGGGAUUUGACAAAGGAAAGGUCUGGUACAUUCCUCAUCAUGGUGUAUACCACAAGAAAAAGAACAAGAUUCGAGUGGUGUUUGAUUGCUCUGCGCGAUAUCAAGGUGUCUCCCUUAACGACAACUUACUCCAGGGACCUGACCUUACAAACAAUCUUCUUGGUGUGUUGAUGCGAUUCCGGGAGGAACCAGUGGCUGUCAUUGGAGACAUUGAAGCGAUGUUCUAUCAGGUGAAAGGUCCCAGUAAAUGA